CUCUGCAUUUCACACCUGACCUUUUGGAUGAGCUCCGAUCAGCUGUUUUCACGCUUCCGACGCAACAAGUCUGGCGAGGACGCCACCAAGACCAAGGAAGACCUGCAAAAGGAUAAACAAGAGCGAGACACGGUAACUUCUGCGGUGGAGACGCGCCUGGCUGCGUCGACGCGCUCCGUUCGGGGCAAACUGGAGCAGCUCUCGUGGAAAGGCAAGGCCAAGGUGUCUGCAGCCGUCACCUCGCCAAUCUUCAACCUUACACUUUGGGCUGAGAUUGAAAUUGGAAGCGUGGAAGGCCGGAUCUCUGUGUCUUCCAAUGCAUCAACGCCGAUGGACGAUCCAUCUGCGACCAACAAGCAGGACGAGUCGUUGCUGAGCGAGCUUGUCGAAGACGAUCCGGAUGCAGGGUCGUCGAAACGACGCGGAAGGCUCGUGCGCAGGUUCAACCAGUCUGUGAAUGACACGCUUCAUCGCCUCGAGUCCACAUCCAUGUGCAUGCAGCAGCUCAAAAUCAACGGCGAUGUUGGCUGCAGGAUUUACUUUCUCGUCCCGAUGCCUGGUCUGUUCAUUAACGUCAAGUUCACCAUUGACCUUUCUGUGAGCGUCGAGUCUGUUGUUCAGGCGUUCUCUGCCCGCGGGCUGUCUGUUGCACAGCUGCAGGCCACCGAAACCGCUGCAGUCGCCGCAACUGCUCCCGCCGCCGCCACAGCCACCACCGGGCUGUUUGCGCAGUUUGCUAGCCUGCGUCUCGGCGGCUCAAAGUCCAAGAUUGCAACCACCCAGCCAGCUGCCGAUGCCGGGCUGACGACCAGUGCGUCGGACGGCUUUGAUGUGACGAAAAAGGCGCCUCGUGUCCAGCGCCAGCUCCUGAUUGCACUGACCGCCGCCCAGCUGCGCUUCUUGUCAAUGCGAUGGAGCGGCACAAUUCGCGUUGAAAUUUCCUUCCCGUUCUUGGUCCUCUGGGUGGAGACGUCGGUCGAGAUUAGCGAGUCGCGCGCGCAAAUUACGCCGGCACCUGCUGGUGCUGCUUCGGUUGCCGGCGCUGCCAGCGCGACCAGCGAUGCACAGGACGAUGUCGAUGAGGACGCUGAUCUGCUUGCGGACGACGAUUCGACUGCAGCAACAUCGCCUGCUUCCACUGACGCUGCGCCUAGUGCCGUUGCAGCGGAUGUCAUGGCAGCCGCAACGUCUCCACUAAGCGCGCCAGUCAUCCACUCGGGUCUCCGCCGAUCGGUUGACCGGCUGGAGCGCCUGUUGGUGCUCUACAAGCAGCAUUUCAAGGCCGUUUCCUUGGGUGCUUCCUUCUCGCUCAACAUUGGCGGAUUUGGCGGGUUGGUCGAGCUCACCGUACGCCGCAAGUUCCAGCACACCGUCUAGUUGUCGUGUUCUCAAGGGAUGAUCUCCUUCAGCGUGAUGCAUGAUGUGGUGUUUGGAGCAGUGUUUGCGUUUUUGAGAUUUGUUCGAUGGCAAUGAUUUAUUUUCUUCAAGGCACCUCUUUGACAUGUAGAUCGAACACCACAAGUUUUCAG